CGUGAUUAUCUGGCGGCGAUUGAAAACACGGAAGUGCCGCCUCAGGACCCAGUCUGAUUUUUCUGCCCGUGGAGCAGCUCGGUUUAACUGCUUAGAGCAGCGAGGUUUGUCGCCGUAACGAUGAACAGGAUGGCCCGCUUUCUGGAGGUGACUGUGGCCGUGACGGUGGUUCUAGCUGCGGUGAUAUUCCAGGUGAACUGCGGCUCCUUCAAGCUGAAGAGAGUCGGAUACGCGAAGCUUUUGGGUUUCGACUGGAAAAACUGCGGACAACCUGACGCUCCAGCUGUGCUAAAGACCCUGGCUGUGUCUCCAGACCCCAUCAACAUCCCUGGAUCACUGACAGCCGCUGCGUCCGGAUCCACUUCGGUCGAGCUCACCGCUCCUCUGUCUUUGAAUGUGACCCUGGAGAAAGAGGUGGUGGGUUUCUGGGUGAAGGUCCCCUGCAUGGAGGAUCUGGGCAGUUGCCACUAUAAGGACGUCUGCGACAUCCUGAACCAGCUGAUCCCACCGGGACAGGACUGUCCUGAACCGCUGCAUACCUAUGGCAUGCCCUGUCACUGCCCCUUCAAAGCUGCCUCGUACUCGCUGCCUCAGUCUGAGUUCUACCUGCCCUACAUCGACCUGCCUUACUGGCUCACCAAUGGGAAGUACAGGGUUCAGGGAGACCUGGGGGGUGGGGGCAAAGAGCUCGGCUGCCUCAAACUGUCUCUGUCCAUUCACUCCGACUGAGGAGACGUUUCUGUUUAUCUGCACAAAAUAAUGAUCUAAACUGGGGAACCACAGGCUUUAUAAAGUAGUGGCAACUUUUUAUUUCAUGUUUGAUUCACAUAUCAGCAGCUCAGUUUCUCUACACCAGGAGGGAACAAACACAGAAAAGUAGAUCAGGUACUAUUGAUGGUGUUUCAUUUAAACAGGAUCAGGAUUUUUAGCAUUGCAAUCCAUUCAAGCUGGAUUUUUUUUUUUUUAGCAUCGACAGAAAAUGUGCUAUGAAAUAAUGAAACGGUGCAGAUACUACUGACCCUGUUGCAAUACACACAGGAGUGAUCCUUUUACUUCUUUCUAUGCUUUUAUAAACACGAAGUUAUGGUAAACCAGAGAAUAAUGAUUAUUUUUUUUCAAAUGAGCCUUUUUUUUUCGUUUUUGUCAUGCGGUGUACUUUAUAAAUCUCAGUUUAGUUUAAAUAUGUGAUUUUUUUUUCUUUUUCUAUUCAGAAAAACUGUUAUCAUACACAAGGUCUGGUUUGUAAGGACUGGUUUUAAAACAUUUUUGUAGCAGUUCGCUAAAAACCUUUCAUUAAUCCUGCACUACUUUUUGAAGAAGUUAAUUAAUAAUACAUUUCUAGAAAAAAUAUUCGUUUUUAUUAGAUUAACAGAACGAAACUGAUGUUUUAAGGGUGAUUCUGGUGACUAUUUGACAUAUUGAUUAAAAAUAGUAUUGCAAUAAACUGUAACAUGGGCAGUGUUGUUGGAUGCAAAAAUCCCAGAAUGAGAAACGAGAAAAGUGUGUUUUAUUCUUGUUUCUGUGGCAUUAGGAAGGCCAAAUGAGAAUGAUUUAGUGUUUUUCUGCCUGGGUGAGCAUGUCUUUUACUUCUUCCUUGUGUUAUUUUGGGGAAAGGGUUUUAUUGAAGCUAUAGGAGGCAAACAUAUAGUAGAUAUAAUUUUUUUUAUUAUGAUUUUGAAUAUUUUUGGUAAUUUCAGUUUAUUCUAAGAUAGUGCCUGCUCUGAUUUUUAGAAACAAACUCCCAAUAACUAAUUACCUUUGUUUUGUAUAAUUCAAGGAAAUAUGAAAAGUUUGUUUUUAUUAUGCAUUGAUGGUGCUGCUAUUCAUGCACACAAAGUACAGUUUUUAAUAAGAUUUAUUUUUUGGGUUAUUAAGAUAAUUACCCAUCUUUUUUCUGAAUUAUAAGAUGUAUCUACAUGUUUUACCACAAGAUGACAGCAUUUCACAUUAUCUCACCAGAGGAUUUAACUAAAUAAAAAUUUCUUCUCAACAA